AUGUCGACUGUAAACACCGACGAAGUUCGGCACUUUAACCAGCUGAGUGGCGAGUGGUGGGAUCAUAACGGUUCUCUGGGAGCUCUGCAUGACUUCAAUCCCCAUCGAGUGGGCUUCAUUAAAAGCAAUCUCCAGAGACUUUGCCUCUUCCAGGACAUCCUGCGCCAGCGUCGACUGCAAAGCCCGGGAAAAACUGUACCUUCCGAGGAAACAACAGCGCGCGACACGAACAACAGGCAGGCCUUUCUUCAUCCACGGGAGGACUUACCACACAGCUCUUCGGAUGGAAGAGCGCAGCCCGAGAGGGACGGGGCCCCAGCUCGUGAGGGCCAAGGGGUACUGGAGGGUGUCAGAAUCUUGGAUAUCGGCUGCGGCGGCGGUAUCUUGGCUGAGGCAAUGGCUCGAGACGGCGCCUUCGUCACGGGGAUCGAUGCGGCGGCAGACGCUGUCGGAGCUGCGGAAACGCGGCGUUUGAACGGCCCGUACGCUCCGGUUGUCAGAGACAGACAACGGUUCAUUCACGAUUCGCUCGAGGACUUCUGCACGGGCAGAAUACAGCAAGCCACUGAAGGACCCCAGUCCAAUUCCUUCCCGACCCCACCUCAGAGCCUGUUCGACGUCGUCGUCUGCUCCGAGAUGCUGGAGCACGUGGAAGGAGGGUUGCGAGGAGUUGAGGCAGUUAUGGCGACUGCGGCGCGGAAAGCCCUUGCUCCUGGAGGCCUGUUUGUACUGUCGACUUUGAACAGAACGCCCGAGAAUUACCUCGUCUCUGUCGUGGCGGCGGAGCACCUCUGUGGUUUCAUUCCGAAGGUGAGCAGACGGUUUCUUUCAGUCCGAAAGAAACUGUGCGCGAAGAAUCCCGCAAAUCGCUAG